AUGGCGCCAACCAGAACUUCAUCUCGCCAAGCUGCUCAGAAAGCCAAAGAGGCCAUAGCUGCCGCUCCAGACACCAAGCCUCGGGGCGGAGCGGGCACAAAGCGAAAGGAGUCGUCUGAUAAAGGCCCAGAGCCCAAAAAAGAGAAGAAGAAUGACCAGAAACCCGCCCAAGAAGACGUAGUCGAGCAGACGCAUGCAAGCGAAUCACUGAAACAAGCAGAAGAGAACAAGCCUGCAUCCGAGCAUGACAAGCACAAGCAACCGAAAGCUGAGGAACCAAAGUCUGAGCAAGAGGAGGAUCGUUCGCGGCAGGAGUCGCCGGAGAAGUCGCCGGAGGCCAAUUCAGAACACACCAAACCCUCUGAAUCUGCAGAGCCUGAUCAGAAACCAGCCUCGGGGCACGAAGUUGAGAAUGGUGUGAAGAAGUCGCCGAAGAGAGAAGACAUCGUUACCUCUAAUAUCCUCGAAAAGGGUAUCAUCUAUUUCUUCUACCGUCCUCGUGUCAAUACUUCGAAACCUCAUAGCAUAAACGACAUUGCUCGGAGCUUUAUUGUUUUGCGACCCACUCCUUUGGGAGCCACGCUUGGUGAAGAACAAGGGACGGUAGAAGCUGGCUCGAAAUGUCGACUGUUGGCUCUCCCGAAAAAGAAGUUCCCUACAAGUGGGAAUGAGAAGGAUAUGGCAUUUGUGGAGAAGGCGGGCCAGUCAGUGAAAGCACUACAUGACAGCUUCAUGGCCGGCGGAAAGUACGAGACUGCCACCCAGGGCGAGCGUAGUAUCGAAGAAGCUCGACCGUUCGCCGAGGGGGUCUAUGCAAUUACGUCCGAGAAACGAGCCUCGCACUUAGCCUAUAUCCUCACUAUCCCAGACAAGAUCGGGACACUCCAGGAAGACUUCGGUCUCUAUGGCCGCGGUAGCUGGAUUGUGCAGUCUAAGAAUCCCAAACAACCAGGUCCCUCAUACGCAGCUCUUCCCGAAGGCCCGGAGUAUCCUGAACAGAUUCUAGAAAAGUUCGGCGACUACCGCUGGAGGCCAUUGGAGCCCGAUUUCAUCGAUUACCCCAAUGCUCAAAUUCUCAUGAUCGGCGAUUCCACGAAUGACCUGGGUAAGGCUACCACUGCCGAUCCUGCUGACAAAAAGGACGGAGAAGAACAGCCCGGUGAAGAACUUGAGAAGUUUGAGCACGAAAAUGAAGAACGAGUGGAAUCGUUGCGAGACGACGACACCAUGUACGAAGACCUUGGGUUGGAUGCCAAGAAAUAUCCAAAGGUGCCCACAACUUGGCCAACAUCAUAG